GGGAGAGCGCGAGAGGUGGAGAGAGAGAAAUAGGGCAUAUCAAAAUGAAACGAUUCGUGUCGCUAGUGAUAGUCGGGACGCUGGCCGCCUUGGCCGCCGUGAACGGGGCCAAGGACGGGGGGAUUUCCUUCGAGUACCACCGCUAUGAGGAGCUGCGCAAAGCGCUGGUGUCGGUGUGGCUGCAGUGCCCGUCCAUCACGCGCAUCUACACCAUCGGGGAGAGCUUCGAGGGCCGCGAGCUACUGGUGCUGGAGAUGUCCGACAACCCCGGGACGCACGAGUCUGGCGAGCCAGAGUUCAAGUACAUUGGGAACAUGCAUGGCAAUGAGGCGGUUGGCAGAGAGCUGAUCAUCUACCUGGCCCAGUACCUUUGUAACCAGUACCAGAAGGGGAAUGAAACCAUCAUCAACCUCGUCCACAGCACACGCAUCCACCUCAUGCCCUCCAUGAACCCUGAUGGCUUUGAGAAGGCUGCCUCACAGCCUGGAGAGAUCAAGGACUGGUUUGUGGGUCGCAGCAACGCCCAGGGGGUGGAUCUGAACCGCAACUUCCCCGACCUGGACCGCAUCAUCUACAUCAAUGAGAGAGAAGGUGGAGCCAACAACCACCUGCUGCAGAACAUGAAGAAGGCUGUGGAUGAGAACACUAAGCUGGCCCCAGAGACCAAGGCAGUGAUCCACUGGAUCAUGGACAUCCCGUUUGUCCUGUCAGCUAACCUGCAUGGAGGAGAUGUGGUGGCAAACUAUCCAUAUGAUGAGACUCGCAGCGAUUCCACCCACGAGUACAGCGCCAGUCCAGAUGAUGUGAUCUUCAAGUCGGUGGCUCGGGCCUACUCGAUGUACAACCCGAUCAUGUCCGACCCCCACCGCCCUCCCUGCCGCAAGAACGACGAUGACUCCAGCUUCACCGAUGGCAUCACGAAUGGAGGCGCCUGGUACAGCGUGCCGGGGGGUAUGCAAGAUUUCAACUACCUGAGCAGCAACUGCUUUGAAAUCACUCUGGAGCUCAGCUGUGAUAAGUUCCCUAAUGAGGAUACCCUGAAGACUUACUGGGAGCAGAACCGCAACUCACUGGUUAACUAUAUUCAACAGGUUCACCGCGGGGUAAAGGGCUUUGUGCGUGACUUGCAGGGCAACCCUAUUUCCAAUGCAACAAUCUCUGUGGAGGGCAUUGAACAUGACAUCACCACAGCUAAAGACGGAGACUAUUGGCGUCUGCUGGCACCAGGAAACUACAAGGUAGCAGCCUCCGCCCCUGGCUACCUUACUGUCAUAAAAAAGGUGGCUAUCCCCUACAGCCCCGCAAUCAGGAUGGACUUUGAGCUGGAGUCUCUGAUGGAGAGGAAGGAGGAGGAGAAGGAGGAGCUCAUGGACUGGUGGAAGAUGAUGUCUGAGACACUGAACUUCUAAGGCUUAUGACCGGGUGAUAGGACCUUCCACAUAUUGGUGUAACAUUACGUGUGCCCAUCCACUGUAAAGAAUAUAUUGUCUCUUAUUUGUUCCGUCCUCUUUUGAUUAUUAUUUAAUGGGUUACAAUUGUUUAUUAAUUGUUUAUUAUUGUAAUGGUUUGAUACUCUGCAGACAGAUUCACGUGAGCAUGCACGCACACACACAUGCACAUACACACACACACGCAGACAUACACACACGCAGACAUACACUCGCGCAAACUGAUAAACACAGGAGAAACUUCUAGAUAACUUGAUGGCUGUGAAAUCAUUGUUGCUUACUGUACUUUUGUGUUCUCUAUUGUACGUGUGAUCAGUAUCCACAGCACCCGACUAUAUAUAGCCAAUGAGUGAUUGAAUAAUUAUGUAUGUAAAAGAGGUGUUUACAUCAUAUCACAUGACACUGUGGAUAAUUAGGCAUUUUCCUGUUUUUAAAUGUGUCUCUCUCUGGGCUUUAGCAAACACACAAACACACACACACACACGCACAUGCACACAACCGUCACUCACCACACUCUCAAAACACAACCCAUUCACUUCUCAACAGCCUCAAUAUAAACUUACAAUUACUCUUUCUAUCGCUCCCUCUCUUGCUCUCCCUCUUCAUUUCUUUCUCUACAAUGUAUAAUAACACACCACUAUGAUCCUAGACUAUCAGGGACACAAGAAACAAUGUAAAAUGUCUUUUACCAUUCAAACAAGCAAGUUCGUCUCCACAUAUAUAUCUUACCAAUGUCGUUUUUAAACUGAAUGUGAUACAGCUUGAAUUUCAGCACAAGAUGAAUGAUUUUGAAUGAUUAGAAAUACAUAAUAUAUUUACGAACCUAAAUAGGAACAGCAAGAGAUGUGGUUUUUGUAACAUAGACCACAACGAGGCCAUAUCUACCACAGAUCCUCCCGUCACCAUAUCUGACCUCUGGCCAAACAUCCUUUCCUCUGUAUGCAUACCACAUGGGGAACACUGCAGUAUGCAGGGGACAGCUGAAGUGUUAAAACCCAUAUAUAAAUCCAUAAAUAUAAGCUACAGAGAUUGUGGAACUGAGUGGACAUAGAGACUCUGAUCGACUGGACACAAGCAGAAGGCGUCGCCUGACACUAUAGAGAAGGAUUUGAUGAAUGUAUAGAAAAGAAUGAAGUGAUGAAUAAUCAAUAAAACUACAUCCCCCCU